CUUAUCGUAAUGGACACGCGUUCCAUGUCAGAACUUCCAACUCAGCUCAAGCAGAGGAAAUGGCCCUUAGUACGUCACUACUUCUUGGUCGCUACCUGAUCCUAUUGGUGUACCGCAGUACUGCCCUAAUGCUAUUGGCCGAGAGGAGAACCUCAGGAAACCUUAGCAAAAUCGAGCAGGGUAACAGAGCAACAGAAAGACAGCAAGGGGCGGCGAGGUGGAUGACUGAAUGAAAAUUGGCCUAGCUACAUCGACUGUAGUUUUAGGAAAGUGCCACCCUCCCUUAAAUAUUAUCUAUAUUUUAUAAUCAACAAAGGUUAUUUAAAAAAAAUAUCUUGCUAGUAAAAUCCUAUAAUAGCGAGGAUGUUGGUUCCCGCGGGAAGAUAAUGAAGCGGUUGCGCGUUUUGUUCGUGUGCCUCAUUGUAGCUGUCCUUUGCUGGUACCCCAGAAGUCAUGUGUGUUGUUCAGAGCACAACUCGUCAGGUCCAGGUGUGUCUAGUGGAGACAGCAGCCCCCCAGAGCAUCUUCACGACCAUGAGCAUGCACAGUACCACAGGACGGACCACAAGAUGGAGUCGCCGAGGACACACACACACUCCUCCUACGACAUGGGACUGGAGACGGAGAGGGCUGCACUAGAGGAGCCCAACACACACAACACUGAACAGACUGUGAAUCAGGAGGAGCCUGUAGUGGUAGAGGUCUGGUCAGCCCCAGAACCACACGCUGAUCCUGAACCCCCCGCUGCUGCUGAGCCACGCACACAAAUGACACAGCCUCACACACACACACACCCAGAGCCCGAUACACAACUCCCUCCCCUCCAGGACCAGGCAACUCCACCCUCCUCCACCCCAUCGCCCAGCAAUGACCUAGCCCAGGACCAAGCCUCCACAGACCCCCCAGCCCCGGCGGAGACCCGCAGUGAUGCCCUGGCAGAACCCAGCCCAGCCCCGGCCACAGAAGACCCCCAACACACACCUACCUCUACCUCUCACACCCCUGCUCCAGCCCCAGCCAGUGGUGAUGCUGACCCAGUAGAGAGCCAGUCAGAGCAGGAUCAAAUUCAGGCUGAUGCUGAUGUCCAAGCAUCUGUCAGCCCAGAGGACCCAGACCAGGACCAAGGUCUACCAGAGCUGGACCAGGGGGGAAACACCUCCCACAGGCACCAAGACACCAACCAAGACCAGCAGGCAGUGGAUCAGGCAGUGGAUGCCAGUGAUGCCAGCGCUAUUGAGACGGAUCCCUCAGUGCCCAGUAAGGAGGACAUCCCAACCUUUGACGAGUGGAAGAAACAAGUCAUGGAGGUGGAGAAGGAGAAGACUCUGUCCCUCCAUACCUCUUCAAGUGGAAGCACCCCUGUGAAGAAGGUGCAGAAGAACUUUAAAAACAACUAUGCUUCUGUGGAGUGUGGAGCUAAGAUACUGUCAGCUAACACAGAGGCCAAGAGUACAUCUGCCAUCCUCAUGGAGAAUAUGGACCUGUACAUGCUGAACCCCUGCAGCAUUAAGAUCUGGUUUGUGAUAGAGCUUUGUGAGCCCAUCCAGGUGAAACAGUUGGACAUCGCUAACUUUGAACUGUUCUCCUCCACACCUAAAGACUUCCUGGUCUCCAUCAGCGACAGGUAUCCCACCAACAAGUGGUUGAAGUUGGGAACGUUCCACGCCCGUGACGAGCGCACCGUCCAGAGCUUCCCAUUGGAUGAACAGCUCUACGCCAAAUACAUCAAGAUGUUCAUCAAGUACAUAAAGGUGGAGCUCAUCUCCCACUUUGGAUCAGAACACUUCUGUCCCCUCAGCCUUAUCAGGGUGUUUGGUACCAGUAUGGUGGAGGAAUAUGAAGAGAUUGCAGAUUCUCAGUACCCCUCAGAGAGGCUGGAAUACCUUGAUGAGGAUUAUGACUACCCUCCUGGGUACCUCCACUCUGAGGACAAGGGGUCUAAAAAUCUGCUGGGCUCUGCCACAAAUGCCAUUCUCAACAUGGUCAACAACAUAGCAGCCAAUGUUCUGGGAGGCAAGCCUGAGGGAGGAGCACAGAUAGAAGCCAACGCAUCAUUAGAAGCCCAGAACGAGACCGAGGGGAACAAAGAUGUGCAGCUCACCCCAACUCCAACCCCCACCACUCCUCCUCCAGCUGUGGAGACGGUAGAGCCAGACUACCCUGCUCCCCAGGAAGACCCUGAGGUCCCCCUCUCCUCCCUGCUUCCCCCCUCCCCGGAGGAUGGACAGAUCGUGACUCUGGUGGUGCAGGAGGAGGAGGAGCCCCCACAGUCCACUGUGACUCUGAUGGAGGAAGAGGGGGAUGAUAACGAGCAGGAGGAGAGAGAGGAACAAUGGAUGAGGGAGAGAGAGAGCCAGCUGUACUGUCCAAUCUCUUCCGUCUCUUCUCUUUCUUGUGUGGCCACACUGCCAGAGUUGCUACAGCGCUGGUGUGACGCUCACCUCGCCAGAGAGAGGCAGCAAGACAUACACACACACACCCCUAUACAGGUCCCUGUCCCUACUCCCACACACACACAGGAAGCCCCAACACACACACAGACGGUUCCUGAGCCUGAGACUGCCCCCCAGGACCAACAUGAGGGGCUACCCCCUUUAGACUCUCAAAAUCAUACCAAUCACAUCGACACACACCACGUGGACCCUAUCAUUUUGCUGGAGCCUAGCCGGACCUCUACCCUGCCCCCCCACAGCUUCUCUCAAACCUCCCUCUGCAAACCCACCCCUACCCAGGACGAAGCUCCCCAGCACCCCAGCCAAGAAGACCCUGUCCCCCCUCCAGCCCUGCAGGGAGCCCCCGUCCCGGAGACUCAGCAGGCCAGCACCCCCACCCCUACUCCCAGCUCCACCGCUCCCCUACACCUACCAACCUCUGAGACAGCCUCCCUGGACAUCCCUCCACCCCCCCUGAAGGAGCAACCAGUCCAGCCCCUUCCCACAGCCUCUAGACCUGCAGACCUCCCCCCUCCCACCGACCUCCCUGUCCCCCCUCAGCCUGACACAAACACAGAGCCACAUACACCCAGGGCUGGGGCAGAGAGUGGAGACAUCCAGGGUCAGGGGGAGCAGGGAGACGCCUCUGCCCAGCCAGCAGAACACCUGCGUGGGGAAGAAUCCGUGGAAGACCUACUGCUUAGCGUCCCGGUGACCGCUAACGGACAUUUACACCGGACGGCUACAGACUUCUACGCUGAGCUGCAGAGCGCGGGGGAGUACAUUGGAGGGAAUGGGAAUGGAGGGGUGAACGGAGGAGUGAACGUGCAUGGCUCCAGUCAGAAGGAGAGUGUGUUCAUGAGGUUGAACAACAGGAUCAAAGCCCUGGAGAUGAACAUGUCCCUCAGCAGCAGAUACCUGGAGGAACUCAGCCAGAGGUAUCGUAAGCAGAUGGAGGAGAUGCAGAGAGCGUUCAACAAGACCAUCAUCAAACUGGAGAACACCUCCCGCAUCGCUGAAGAACAGGACCAGCGGCAGACAGAGUCAAUCCAGAUGUUACAGGGCCAGCUGGAGAACGUCACCAAGCUGAUGAUCAACCUCACCAUGACUGUCUCACAGCUACAGAGAGAGGUGUCUGACCGACAGAGUUACCUGGUGGUCUCUCUAGUCCUGUGUCUCUGUCUGGGCCUGGUGCUCUGCCUGCAGUGCUGCUGGAGCGCCAACACACACACCGUCACACACACUGCAGGCAACCACUACCCCAGCCCCAAGAGGUGUUUCUCCUCCUAUGAUGAUUUGAGUCUGAAGCGGAGGGUAUCGUGCCCUCUCCUACGCUCCAAGUCCUUCACCUUUCCUACUUCCGAAGUAGGCCCCGACGACCUUUACAUUGUUGAACCUUUAAGGUUCUCACCAGAGAAAAAGAAGAACCGAUGUAAACUGAAGGCAGCAUUAUCAGCCCCCUCUUCUCCGAUGGCUAACGGGGGACUCAAAUGCAAUGGUCUCCCCCACUCCCUGAAUCGCCCUCCUCCUCCCCCUCUAGAAGACAUGUCCUGUAAGGAGCUCCCCUUCCCAUCAGAGAGUAGCAGCUGUAGCUCCUCCAACCACUCUGAAGAGUCCUACAUCAGCCGAGGCCAUCCCCUCUCCUCCCCCCCAGGCCUGUGUAAUGGCCACGCUGCCCUUCCCCUCCCGUCCUACCUUACCACUCUCCCCCUCCCUCCCUCUAAGAGGUCAGUGAAGCGUCGGCGGUCUCGUCAGGCAGAUCUGCAGUUCUCCUCCAGACAGACAGGAGGCGCUGCUGUGAACUCUCUGCACAGCCUGCAGCAGCUGAUCAAGGGAAACAAGGAGAUCAGUGUGGGGACCAUAAGAGCCACGGCAGUCACAGGACACAUCUGAUCACACACACCCUGGUAGCAGACUUGGUUAGGGAUAUGUGAAAGGGUGUGGUCUUGCCCCAAAAUGGCCACAUCUCUGAACCACAUCUCCCAUGAGCACCCGGGCCACAGUGGAACUCAGACACCAUGAUAUUAGUCACCCAGCAACAGCCAUUCAGAGACCUCUCCACAAUCAUGUGCCUUUCUGUCCACUCUAAAGUUUUCACUGAUAUAAAAAACACUGAAAGGAUUGUUCUUUUUAUGUUCGGAGCGAGACUAAUGGUGGGGAGUGUUACUAGAAAACAGACAUUCAUUCAGCUGUUUCUACUGGACAAGCACAUCAGACCUGGGCAUCAGGGGCUUGUACUCCAGCCCUGUACCCAGAGGAGAGGGGCUGAGUAGAGCUCUUACCUGAAGCCUGUGAAAGUACAGUAUGAAGCUGUAAGGAUGAAAUGUGUCGCAGUGAGAGAACUGUGCAGCAGGAUUAGCUUCUUCUUUAAGCUCUCCCUCUUUCCUCCAUUUCCACAUUCUGUUCAUUCUCUGUGCAUUGUUCAGCGGUAGCUAACACCACUGCAGUUGUUCGUAUGGGACCAGGGUGUUAACCCUUCACACACAACAGGCCCUCUGUCUCCCUUUCUCAGGCAGUCUAACCUAACACCACACAACCAGCAGAGCUGAAUGAAGAUACAUACCCAAUGUGUGUUUGAGCGUUGGUGUGUGCAUGCAAGCGUUCCUGUCUCUAGCCCAUGUUUAUCCAGCUCUGAUACAAAGGAACAUGCUCUAUACCUCUUGAACUAGUUAACCUAGCUAUUCUCCAGUCAGACCUCCAAUGGUAGUGUGUGUGUGUGUGUGUAUACAGAGAGCCAGCCAAGAGGAAAGGGAUCUUGUACUGUAUAGGCUGGUUGUUUUUGCACAUUGUGACAGGUCAACAGAACCCAGUCAGAGUUAGUUGGGUUGUUUUUAUAUUGAGCUGUAUAUGAGCCAUGCUGAGAGCUGAAUGUUGUGUGUUAUUAUAGUUGUUAGGAACAGUUUAGUCUGAAGAUGUCGGUGUGUUCGAGCACACAAACACCCGCUGUUGGUAGAAGUUGCCUCUAGGAUCUGCUUUUCCUCCCCCAAUUCCUAAUGUUAACCAUUCAUAUCAACAGUGCAAUGCAACACUGACGAUCCGUGACACAGGGUAAUGUCAGUCGAGAGCAGAUCCCCUGAGGUCCUGUAGGGGAUGCUGUGAGGCCACUUUUAUUUAUCUAGUUAUUUAUGUUCUGGCCUCAAAACAACCCUAUCAUACUGUAGCCCAGGGGAAACACAUGUUACAUAGAAUAAUAAUGAUUGCAAUUAAAACACAAAGGUAGAUGUAUUGUACAUAGCAUUUUACUGUCGCAUACUGUAUGAUUGUCACUGGCUGCCCGACACUAGUUCACCUCUUGCGACCAAUAUUUGUUUUGUGUUUUCAAAGCUAAACGGACAACAAGGUAUCAUCCACCUUUUGUCUCUGUAAAGGUGGAUGUAAAGGUGGCUUGAUCAUCUGGUGUUUGUAGAGUUGCCUCCACUGUCACACCUGCACACACACCAUCCUGUUAAUUAGAACUUUACCAGGGAACAGAGGGCUGUAACAGUAACAGUCCCAAUAACUGCUGGGGUCGUCCUUUGGGAAGAUGACGUUAAAACAAGAAAUGUUUGAAGUCAAUUUGUUUGUCUGUCUCUAGAUGUCUGUGCAAGGAUGUGAUUGGAACGGCAAAAGUCAAUUUUAAUAAGUUGCGGAUGUGAAAAAUCAGUGUACUAUAUAUCUGUAUAUCUGUGCCAGUGGUUAGUAUGCCAGUGGUUAGAUGGCCUCUGAGCUAUGUUGGGUUGGUUGUUGACUGACUGAGAAAGAGAGACUGGGCCCACUGUAUUCCACAAACUACACACACCACACUCCCUCUACAGUAUACUUCCAUUACCUCUACAGACCAGCCACCCAGGUCCCCUACUCCACACACUGACCUCUGACCCCUACACAGUUCAGGGUUCAGAAAGUGUGAAGAGCUCUCUUUUAGUGCAUCUGUUUUAAUUGAACCACUUCUGUUCCCAUUACCAAGAACAGCACCUUUAACUGGCCACCUCUGCUGUCCUUACUAGCUCGUCAUUCAUUAAUGUGUUCAUUACUGUGCAUUCACCCCACCUCAAAUAAGGUAGUGGUUUUCAGGAGUCUGAAGGAACUUGUGAAUUUAAAAGGGAAUGUUGGGAAAGGGUUUGGAAUGCACUGUUUUAUCUGAUUACAAGUGUUCCACACCCAGUGAAUCAUGACCGACUUUGUUUUUCUACCCUUUUUGAAUGUGUAUGAUAUUAUGGGUAAGUGUGUAUGCAUGCAAGAGUGUUUCUUGGUUCUCUUGAUGCGUGUUUGUGAGAGACUCAGCGAAGCCCUAAUUUAACACACUGACUAGAGAUUGGUCGUCGGUGACCUCCAGGUCUCAGUGUGCACUUUGUUAUUAUUACUACCUUCAUGCCUUUUGUUUUUCUACACUAAACGCUGUCUGUCAACUGCUUUGUUUCCACGCUUCUCUCUUUCUCUGAGUAUUCUGGGAAAGAGCUGCACAGUAUUGUGGAACAGGAUCGAGAGGAACUACAAAGAUGUAGUGCCAUUAGAAACUGUGAAUUUCCAAAUAAAACAUUUAGUCUUUCACUCGA